AAAAAGAAGCAAAAAUAAAAAAAGUUAUUUUAAGAAAGAAAAAAAAAUUUGAUUUUUUUUUAUACCAAAAUACAAAGAACUAAAGGAAAAAGAUUAAAAAAGACACCUAUUUGUGUAAAAAUAAAUUAUAUAGAAAUUUUAAAAAAUACUUAAAUUAUUUAUUUUAAUUGAUUUAAAAAAAGGAAAAUUUAUUUUUGAUUAAAUUACAACUAUAAAAUAAAAUUACUUUAAAAUAUAUUAUGACUGAGAAACAUUUUUGAGUAUUUUUCAAAUAUAUAUGUUUAAUAAUUAUUUAAAAUUAGAAAUAUGUACUUUUUUUGUUUAAAAAAAAAUAAAUAAAAAUUACAUAUGUAUACAUAACACUUUAUAUGGGAAAUAUAAAAAUCAAUAAAGGAUUUGACUAAAAAAUUAAACGAAAAUCGAGUAUCAGAGAGCGGAUUAGUGAAGCUAAUAAAUUCAAAAUAAUUUGCAAAAUAUAUCCAUACAUAAAUACACAUGUUAUAUGAGAUAUUUUUUAAUAAAGAUAAAAAUCAAAUAAAAUAAGUAUGUAUAUGAAAGAUAUAAAAGUUAAAUGAAAAAUAAUUAAGUGUAUGUAUGUUUAUAUAAAAUUGAAAAUUCAAGUGAUAAAAGUGCUGUGAAACAACGAAAUUUUCAAUGAAAUAAAAAUAAAUGGAUAGAACUACAAAGAAAAAUAAUAAAAAAAAAAUAAAAAUUUAACAAAUUACCUAGUUGUUGGUUUAUUUAAUUAAAAUAUUUUUUUUUUAUUUAAAUUAUAUUGAGUCUACAAAAUUGUUUCACAUCUUCUACUUUACUAUCUAAACAGCGCAAAGUGAAUAACAGUUUCUUUUCGUUAUUUAAAAUUUUACUACAGUAUUUUCAAAUUAAAAAUUUUUUUUAUUAAUAUUCAAAAACAAAAGCUGUUAAUAUUUAAUAAAAUACUCAGUUUUAAAAGAAAUUCAAAAUACCAAAUUCGAAAUUUUUCAGCAAACGCAAUUUAGAAUAUUUACUAUUUAACGUUAAAUAUAUAUUUCAAAAAAAAAAAAAAAAAACAAAAAGAAACUGACAAAAAAAUCAAAAAUUGCUGCGGAAAAAAGCAAGUUAGUCAAAAUUGACGAAGUAUUUGAAGAAUUACUCAUGAAAAUGGAAGUACUUUCAGUGCAAAAUCAAUUCCAAGGGCAUCAAUUUGGUGUCAUUGGUUCUAAUAAAGUUAAAGACUGGACAAGUCCACUAACUCCACCGCCAUCAUCUCAUCAUCACCAUCAUCAUCAUAAAUCUAGUAAUAAUAGUAGCGUCGAUGAAGUUGAUACAAUAUCACGAAAUCAGAAUCAUCGACACCAUACUAAUAGCGAUAACACAACAAAUUUAAGAAUAAACAAUUUAGUUUUUGAGGACACGAAUCAAACAUCACCAGUAUCUGGUAUUAUUGGUGAUAAUAACUUAAUAGCAACAAAUAAUAUAUCAGAAUCUUCAUCAUUUGUAUCGAAUUUCGAUACAACUGCUUUAAAUGCACUAUCAUUACGUUUACAAAGUGAAUUAAGAGCAGCAAAAAGUCGCCAUUUAGCAUGUACCGAAGUAUUAUUACCAUCAGAUUUAUUACAUAGGGUAGCUGUUGAAAUAUUUAAAGUUUCAGAAAAAGAACCAUGUGGUUUAAGAGGAUGUACAGUGUUUAUUGAAUUUGAAGAUGAACCUAGUAAUACGAGGAGAAUCGCCUCUUUGAAAAUAGAUCCAAAUACAGUUUCCACUUUUGAAUUAUAUUUGACACUAAAACACGAUAAAAGUGGUUGGACAUCAAUUUUGCCACAAUUUUUAAAAAAUUUGGCUAGAAGCAGUACAAUUAUGAUCAGCCCGGAAUUUAUAUUGACAAAAAAUAAACUUUAUCAUAGUUUUGCUGAAUAAAAAAUAUUUAAUUUAAUUUUCUAAAAAAUAAUCAACAAGAGAAACUUUAUAAUAACUCAAUUUUAUCGUACAAUUUAGUUUGUUUUUUUUUUUAACAAAUUUUUUUUAAAUAAUUAAUAACGAUUAUGAAAGUUAUUUUGUGCAUUAUGUUCGUGCUAUUUAAAUUAGUUAGUAUUUUAAGAUAGAAGAAAAAAUUUAUUAUCUUUUAAUUCUAUAUUUCAAAAAUAAAAGCAGUGAAAAUCCCUCCGAUAAAAUAUAUACACAAACACGGAAAGAAAUUCUUAUCAAAUUGAUAUGAACUCUUAAAGUACUUGUGACACAAAUUUUAACAAAAUUCUCAAAAUUAUAAAACAAAUAAAUAAAAAUUAAUUUCAAAGUAAUGAUAGAAGUGCAUUGGAUGAAUACAAAAUUUUGAAAAAUAAUAUUAAUGAAUUGCUUUAAUAUUAACCAAAAACAAAAAAGUCUAAAAUUAAAAAAAAUGUGCUUUAUUGAUUUUAUUAUUUAAUGAAUUUGAAAAAAAAAAAAUAAAAGAGCCAUAAAGAGGCAAUAAGUUUGAAAAAUUAUUAAAAAUAAAAGAAAAAAUGUGUUAAGCUGCAAAAGCAAAUUUAAAAUUAAAAAUUAAUGGGUUGAUAAUAUGCAGGAACUGCAAUCAAUAUUUAGUAAUAGUAAUUUAUGACAAAAUAUUAAUAAUUUUGAAAUUAAAAAUAAAUUUAAAUAUUAUCCAGAUAGAGAAAACAAAGGAAUCACUUAUUCAUAAAAUAAUUUAAAAACAAAUAAGGACCAAGUAUUCAUAAAAAAUUUCUUAUCUAAAAGUAAAAAUUUAUAUUUCACUUUCUAAUAUAACACCCGGGAGAUGUAUAACAGCCUAAUGUCAAUGCGUUGGCAAUGUAAUAUUGUGAUUGACUUGUGUUUUCUUGACGUUUUUUAUUCCUUAAUAUUUUUUUUGAACCAACAGAAAACGAAGUGAUUUAUGGCAAAGCAAAAAAAUGUAAUCAAUUGGAACAUAUGUACUAAAUAAUAAUUAUAAAAUAUUUAUUGUCCAAUGCUUUUCAUCAAUCGCAUUUUAAAAUUCUUAACUUGUGUUUUAACAUCUGAUAGUAAGCAGAAUAUUUUUUACACAACUUUAUUUAAGCAGAUAGUUGAAAAUUAAUUUCCAGAAGCCACAACAGUUAGCUAUUGCAAGACAAAAAAAUUAACGAAAAAAAUUGCACAGCCACAUAAACUACAACUGCAGGUACAGCAGCAAUUAUAGUUAAAUAAUAAAUAUUUUAGUAGUGUAAGUAAAAAUCAAAUAAGAAAAAAAAUUUACAAAAAGUAAUAUCAUGUAUUUCUGUGCUUUUUCUUUUAUUUAAAAUAAAACCAAUUUUUAAUUUAGAUACAUACUAGCUAUAUAUAAUUUUUUAUUUGUCUAAUUUUAUUAAGUAACUUAUAAAUUAUUUUUAUCAUAACUAGAAGUUAAUUAUUAAUAAUUUUAUCUUAAAUAAGUAUUAUCAUCAGAAACAAAGAUGAUGUGAUAUUAAUUAAUAUUCAAAAAAAAAAGUAAUACAAAUAAAAUAAUUUAUAUACAACAAAAAUAAAAAUGUCUUAUAUUAAUAUAUUAUAUUAUGUAUUAUAUU